ACGUCUUUUAUGAAUACAUAACAUGCCAAAUUUGCCACAUAAACAAUAAAAUGAAAUUCUUUGAUUUCUAUUGAUUAAUUAAAUUCCAUCAAAGGAAUAGUAAAUUCUGUGUUGAUGAAUUAAAACUUGAACACAUAACAAUGGACGACAAAAAACUGUGCACAGAUAAUCAACCUGACCAAGAAGAAAGUAAAAUAAUGGCGAAUCAAGAUGAUGACGAUCAAUCACAAGAACCCGAAUUGGAUGACAGCCAAGAUGAUGAAACAAAAUCUGAUUCUUCAAAUAGUUCUGAUGAUCAUCAAACGAAUACCAUUGGAAUUUGUCCAGAUAAUUGUGAUUCCAAAAAAUAUGACACAUCAACGAAAAAACUUGAAUUAAAACGACAACCUAUUCGUGAGGGCGAAAUCAAAUUGACUAAUCGAUGCCAUCUAUCAAAUUCAUUUCCGACUGAAACAAAUAAAAAUUCUUCUGCUAAAUCAUUAAAGUAUUGGAUUUUAGCAAUAAUUAUUGUGAUUUUUGCUACGGCCGUUGCAUUAGCACUUCCCAAUAAAUUUCGAAAACUUACCCAUUUCUGGAAAUCAAACAGUCUGAAUCAAGAACGUAUGGAUAAAUUUUUAAAUGAAAUCAAAUCAUUCGUGCCAGAUAUUGGUCCAAAAAUUUUGGAAGCCAUCAUUUAUGAUGUUUUUUCAUCAGAUGAAAAUUCGAUUAUUCUUUUGUUAAUCGGUAAUACUGGACAAGAAGUUCGGUUACAUAAUAUUUCACAAGGACUGGCCAAUCUUAUUGUGGAAUUAAAACAAGAAGAUCACUUUCCUACUUUUCAGUUGGAUCAACAUUAUACUGGUGAUAUGAUUGAACAACAUUUUGAUAAAGUUUUCUGUAAAGAUCAUAGAUCGGUAAUGGUGUUGGAACAUUUAGAAUUAUUAACUCCAAUAGUUGCAACUACUUUCCAUCAAUUCGUUGACAAGGAUCAAUCACGAAUACGAAAAUCAUUUACAAUCAUAACAUUGGAACAAAAUUUAGAGUCACAAAAAAUAGAUUCUAAAAUGACAUUACUUGAUUUAGAAACAUUAUCAUCAAAACUUUUACAACAACUUUGGUCAAAAGAAGUACGUCAAGAAUCAUUAGAUUCUCUUAUAAAUCGUUUUGCUGAAUAUUCUAUUGUUUUAUUACCAUAACUUAAAAAAUAAAUUUUAUCCUAAUAAUUUUAUUACAA